AUGCUGACAUGGUCCGGAUUCAGUUUGCCGGAACUUACUAUAUUUUUGGGCAUCCUAAAUCAAGAGGAAGCCGACUAUCGUCGUCGUAUUGAAAUGAAAUUCGAAGUACGCCGCAAAGAAAUAUUACGGUUGAUGGCUUUAUACGAAAACAGUGAAACCACCGGGAGCACAGAUACCGAAUCGACCGUUUGUACAACGCUCAUCCGUGAAGUUUCCGAUGGCGAAGCGGACAUGCCACGCGGUCCUUCAGAUUCUUUGUCCACUCCAGCUUCUCCUUUGUUACACUCUCGUAAGGGUGUUCUCGAUUCAGAUAUCGAUCAGGUCGAGACUGAUGAUCACUCUCCGGAUCCCCCCACUCAUGUCCCUGUUCCGGGUGCUGCGUCCACUUUGCCGCGACUACUUGGCACGGAGGAUCGGCUUAACUCCACUUUAUUCAAACCCUCUCAAUACAAGCGAUUGAAAAAGGCGGAACGCGCCCGCCAAAAGCAGCUGGCUAAAACGGAACGUGAACGAAUUAAAGCGGAGAAGAAACGGAAGAAAGCUGAGUCCAAAUCAGCUCAACAUAGUUCGGGCACUCAAACAUACGGGCGCAAAUGGUUGACUGGUCUUUCAGCCGCUUUCUCCCCCUCCUCCGCUGCAUCCUCCUCGGACCCUCGCUCAACCAUGCAUUCUUAG